UUCGUGACGUUUGUAGACGACAAUAAACUUUAAAGUCUCUAUAGAAAAAAUAAAAAUAAAGGAAACAACUUUAUUCAACCCUUUGAUCUUCUUCUUAAAUCCCUCCUUGAAAUUAGGGUUUUUUAUUUGUAAUGUGAUUUACUGAUUUGUGAAAAAAAAAAUGGCCAAUUCCGAAAAAAUUGCAGAUGGGUUUGAGGCAAAACCUGUUUCUGGAUCUUACUCUGGUGACUUAUCUGCUGAUCGAUCCCUUUCUGAUGUCAUCAAUCACGAAACGGAGGAGGACUUGAGUGACCAGUUUAAGAAUGUGGGUUUGAAUGGAGUUACGAAAGAGCAGAGUGAGACGAGGAUGAGUGGCGGCGUCUGUGAGGGUAGUGGAGGUUUGGAUUCGAAUGCUGUAGAGAUCACCCAGGAAGAAGAUGAAGAAGAAGAAAAUGGAGACGGUGAUGGUUAUGGUUGGAGUGAGAACGAGAGUGAGGGGAGCGAAGCUGUGUAUCCAGUGAGGCCAGGAGAAGAGGAUUGCUCGUUUUAUAUGAGGACAGGGAGCUGUAAAUUCGGAUCCACUUGCAAAUUCAAUCAUCCUCUUUCCAGAAAAAUCCAAAUUGUAUCGAAGAUUGCUAGGGAUAAUAAGGUAAAAGAAAAGGAAGAGGAUGGUGAUAAUCUGAGACAAAUAGAUUGCAAGUACUACUUUCGGACUGGAGGGUGCAAAUAUGGAGAAACUUGUAGAUUCAACCAUUCCAAAACAAAUUCUUGUCUGGCCUCAGCACCCGAGCUUAACUUCCUCGGCCUUCCUAUUAGACCGGGAGAAGUGGAGUGUCCUUACUACAUGCGCAAUGGCUCUUGCAAAUUUGGUGCUGAGUGUAAGUUUAAUCAUCCUGAUCCUACAACCAUCGGAGGAACCGACUCCCCAUCGUUUCGUGGUAAUAAUAAUGUAUCCAUUGGAUCAUUUUCUCCAAAGUCCACAUUCCAAGCAAGUUCAACUUCCUGGUCUUCACCAAGGCAUGCCAAUGGUUCAACUCCUUUUAUUCCAGUCAUGCUGUCACAAACUCAUGGAGUUCCUUCUCAAACUCCGGAAUGGAAUAGCUAUCAGGCUUCUGUGUAUUCAUCUGAAAGGGGUGUGUUUACCCCUUCCACCACAUACCUUAUGAACAAUACCUCUGCUGAAACAAGUAUGUUGUCACAAUACCGAUAUCAAAUGCCAGCUGAAGAAUUUCCUGAACGUCCAGACCAACCUGAGUGCAGUUAUUAUAUGAAAACUGGGGACUGCAAGUUCAAAUUCAAUUGCAGAUACCACCAUCCUAAGAAUCGGUUGCCAAAGCUGCCUCCUUAUGCUCUCAAUGACAAGGGUUUACCCCUUAGACCUGAUCAAAGCGUCUGCACACAUUACAGUCGGUACGGCAUCUGCAAAUUCGGUCCAGCUUGUAGAUUCGACCAUUCCGUCCAGCCACCUUAUUCGGCAGAAAGCUCCCAGGCCAUUGUAGAACCUCCUCAGGUCGGUGCAAAUGGGAAUGAAAGUGACGGUUGGAAUUGACAACCAAAACAUUCAGGAACUUACAUUAUUGAUACCUUGUGUCUCUAUCAUGGGUUUGAAAUUUCUUAACUAAACGAUUAGGUUAAACUGUACUCUCCAAACAAUAUCUCUCUAUGUGGCAAGCCUAUCCUCAGUGCGUUUGACAAAUUUUCACCAAGGAAACUUUUGUAAUCUGUAACUACCCUUUGACUCUUGAGGUUAAAUGGAGCCUGCCUGUUUCUUUCAUUG